AAUGUCAGAAUAACUUCCGUCGCGAAAAGAACCGUCGAUAAGGUCACUCGCUGUCAUUUUCGCGGAUACCGAGUGCGCUAUUUUCGAAGUAGCUAAUUACGCGGGGGUGGUGAUAACUGAAGGUGACUCUCGUUUCUAACUACGGAAUUCUUCAAGAAUCUGCAUUCGACCGUCAUCAAAACAAUAUCUUUAACUCUCAACUGCGCAAUCGUUCCCCAUUUUCACAAAUCAAACAAAACCGACAUUGCUGACUUUUUUCAAGAAACGUUCGUUAAAGUUUUAAUCUAAAAAUAAACGUUGUCACACGUCCCCGAAGCGAGCGAGAAAGGACAUCCAAUUAAAAUCGAAUCGCUAAUGAAAGAGAGAGAGAACAACACGUAAUUAGAAAAACAAGUUGCAGAAAGAAAGCACAGGAUGGAAAAUAUGGAAAAUGUGGAAAGUAUUCACAGGCGCACAUCUGCGGCAUGCCACCGGACCGACUGACUGUGAUUUUUCAUCAUAUUUUGCACUUUCGACGCGCAUUCAACUUGGAAAAACCAAGCUGCAUGCUUUUUUAAAUCAACGCGUAUCAAUUUAUCAAAAGCACCGCACUCAAAAAGUCACACGCUGAGUUUACAUUUUGUGUAUCAUCGAAAAAUCUCAGAAUAGAAAAUAAAUCAAAGAAACGUAUGGUUAUAGAAGACGUUGACAUAUUAUGCUUGUGUUUACGGUGAUAUAUUGAACACUUUUGAGUUUAGUGACAUUAGUGUGUGAUAACAUGAAUCCUUCUUAGCUAUUUUCAAUAGCAUUCAAUUAUUAAAUUAUGAGAAAUAUGGUAAGAAAUAGAUUUUCUAAAUUUAAAGACGGAAUUCAGGAAAUAUAACAAGUAACGCACAUAUCUAAAAAAUUUAAGUCGCAGUUGCAAAAUGAUACUAACCAUUUUUUAAAAUGUUCCUAUCAUACAUUAUUUGAUUCCCAAAGAAAAUAAUCGGAAAAUAAUAAUUCAUCGUCGAACUAACUCGUUGUUUUUGUUUCGCAACAUGUCUGUUGAUGUAGAACUGGCUCUAGAUUCUUAAAAAUGCACUUGGGGAGUGAAGUUUCAUCAACAACUGGUCAUUAUGACCGAAACUACGGUAACCUAACGGCUGAAAUGCUGGCCGAAAGGACAAUAGAUGGCCUUCUUGCGGAACACCCAGGUGAAUUGGUAAGAACUGGUUCCCCGCAUGUUGUGUGCAGUGUUUUGCCUCCACACUGGAGGUCAAAUAAGACAUUACCUCUUGCUUUCAAAGUAGUAGCAUUAGGGGAUGUUGGGGAUGGGACAAUAGUGACAGUGAAGGCUGGUAAUGAUGAAAACUAUUGUGCGGAGUUAAGGAACUGUACUGCUGUGAUGAAAAAUCAAGUAGCCAAAUUUAACGAUCUUCGGUUUGUUGGAAGAAGUGGCAGAGGAAAAAGUUUCACUUUGACUAUUAUCGUCUCCACAACACCUCCACAAGUUGCUACUUACAAUAAAGCCAUCAAAGUGACCGUUGAUGGACCAAGGGAACCAAGGUCAAAAACCAGGCAACAAGGAUUCCAUCAUUUCCCUUUUGGUCCUCGACCUUUCGCAUCAGAUCAUCUUACUGGUAGCUUACCAUUCAAACUCAGUGGUAUCGCUCACCAUUUAGCAGGAUUACCUGGCCCACCACCAGAAUGGGCUUUAUUGGGCGGAAGACAUACAUACCCCCAUGGAACUUUCAUGGGCCAUCAUCAUACUCAUUUCCCUCACCAUAUGUUUGCUGCUUUAGACCGUCCAGCUACGUCGCCUAGGAUAGCAAACGAACCGUCUUCAACGUCACUAGGUCCUAUAUCAAUAAGUUGCAGUAGUGCCCACAGUACAACGUCACCAAAGACAUCUCCUAGUAGCAAGGUUAGAUUGCUCGCUACAACAGGUGAUCCACAAUCUCCCCAAGAAGAUGAUAUAUCCGUUACGGCUUCUCCAACUCCUUCUCCGCAACCAACUCCUGCGUUUCCUGGUAUACCUCCACCUCAAAUGCAAAAUAAUCAACUAUUCAAUAAUGCUUUAGCCGCCAGUUUGUUCCUGAAUACUCCACUCAUACCUCCUCCUGGACAAUGGUUCUAUUCCCAGCUGUAUCCUCAUGAUUGGAAUUGGAUGACUUUCAGAAAUAACCAAUUGAUGGCAAGAAAUUCACCCGAAGAAGAGACGUCCCAAAAUCCAGAUAGUUCUAGCGAAAAGUUAGAUGUUACGGAAAUUGAAGAAGAUGUUGAUGAUAAAGAUAACAAAAAUUCGGUAAAAGAACUAUCCAGCACUAUAGAAAAAGAUACAAAAGAAACGUUAAAAAAUUUAAACAAAGAAGUAAAUAAGGAUAUUAAACAUUGUGAGGGUGUUAAUUUAAGUGUCAAAGUUAGAAAAGCAGCUGUAACAUUAGUGAAGCAAAAGGAUGAAGUGAGUUCUAGUGAUAAAGACAAUAAUAAAUAUUCCAAAGAGAAUAAUAGGCAUGUGUGGAGACCCUAUUAAUAACAGAUUUGUUCAUAAACAAUAUGUAAAUUUGAGUUGUUAUUAUGCAUAAACCGAAUGUUCAACUGAUUAAUUUUCUAGUGAAAUACGUUACAAAGAUGAAAAUGAGGCUCCUAAACUGGAGAUAUGUAUCUAGUUAUUUUAAUUUGAUUUUAUUUUGUAUGGCUAUUAUUAUUACAACAACACUAACAAUUAAGUGUGUUUAUAAUGUUACGUUACCUCUAUUGUGAACAUAUUAUUGUUAAAAUAAAAAUAAAAUGGCA